AUGAAACCUAAAACGGAUGUCCUCAUUGUCGGCGCAGGCCCAACUGGCCUCGUCCUUGCCCUGUGGCUUCAACAUCAAGGCGUCAACGUCCACAUUUUUGACCAGGCAGAGGGCCCGGCGAAAGACUCCCGAGCGAUAGUUGUUCAUGCCCGUAUAGUCGAGCUGUAUCGGCAGCUUGGGUUAGCUGAUGCUUUGCUAGAACUCGGGUACCAGCUGCCUGCGACAAAUCUUUGGAUUCACACACAGCACAAAGCACGCGUUGCACUACGAGACUUCGGCCGCGCGCUGACUCCGUAUCCGUUUAUUCUAAGCAUACCACAAGACGACCACGAAAGAAUGCUAGAAAAGCGACUAAAUGACGUCGGCAUCCAUGUGGAACGAGGGUCCAAGUUGCAAGGCUUUGUGGACCAUGGAUCAAGCAUCACUGCUACCCUGUUCCGCGAGAUUGAUGGGACCUCGACCACACAUGAGGCGUCGUACAUCGUUGGCUGUGAUGGAGUACAUUCGGCUGUUCGCCAUGGGAUUGGUGCCAGAUACGAGGGCGAAACAUACAAGCCGCUCUUCUACAUCGCCGACAUUGAUGGCAAAAGCGACAAGCUCUUCAACGGUGAGGGAAACCUGGUGUUCACGAACGAUACUUUCAACCUGGUAGUCCCCUACAAUAAAGAAGGGCAUGCGCGAUUGGUUGGUAUUAUCACCCCAGAUAAGGGUGACGAUGGCAACAGUGAAUCGUCAGAGCAUAAGCCCCAGAUCACAUUCGAGCACAUUCGACCUAGAAUUAUGCAAGCGAUGGAUAUCGACAUCAAAAAGGUCAACUGGUUCUCCACUUACCGUAGUCACCACCGUGUGGCCGAUAAAUUCCGCAGCAAUCGAGUGUUUCUUGUUGGGGAUGCGGCUCACAUCCACAGCCCAGUGGGUGGGCAGGGAAUGAAUACCGGAAUUAUGGAUUCGAUCAAUUUAGCGUGGAAGCUGGCAACGGUCAUCAAACAGACAAACAUGACGGAAGAAGCAAAACACCGACUGUUGGAAUCAUAUGAGUCGGAACGCCGCUCAUUCGCUAUGAUGAUAGUCAAGUCCACCGACACAGGAUUUACGACAUUGACAUCGAAUGGAUUCUUCCCAUACAUUCUUCGAAACUGGCUGAUUCCAUACCUUGUGCCCGUCUUUUUGAAAUUCGAUUUCGCCCGGACUAGAAUAUUCCGGGGUGCUUCUCAGCUCAUUUGUAACUACAGGGGUAGCAGUCUUUCCCAGACUGGCAAAGGGACCGUGCAGGCUGGCGAUCGUCUGCCAUGGGUUGAAAUCAAUCAGGUGGACAAUUUUUCGACCCUGACAGACAUUUGUUGGCAACUCCAUAUCUAUGGGGAAUCCCAAUCGCAAUUUGAAGAGUGGGCCCAAAACAUGGGUGUCAAGGUUUUUGUCUUCCAGUGGCACGAGAAAUACAACACCGCCGGAUUGGUCAAGGAUGUCGUUUAUUUGCUACGACCUGAUCAAUAUAUUGCAGGCAUUUUCGAGGGACCUUCUAGUGAGGGGUUGGACGAAUACUUCGGUUCUCGGGGUUUGAUCUAA